AUGACGCUCUCGCAGGACCUGCUCCCCGCCCUGCCCCCGCUCUGGCAGCUCGCGCUCCUCGGCGGCGCCGCGUACGCGGCGACGACGUGGUACGGCGCGGCGCGGCGGCGCGCGCGCGCGACACCGCUCGCGGGCCCGCUGCGCCCGAGCUGGCUCUUCGGCGUCACGAAGCAGGUGCUCAACAACCCGGACGCGCCCGCGAUCUACGAGGGGUGGGUCGAAGAGUACGGCGCGGUGUUCGUCGCGCCGGCGCCGCUCGGCGCGACGCGCGUCGUGCUCACGGACCCGAAGGCGGUCGCGCACUUUUACGCGGCGGAGACGUGGACGUACGUGCAGACGAAGCUCGCGCGCGUCGCGAUCGAGGGCUUGUUCGGGCGGGGGCUGCUCUGGGCGGAGGGCGAGUCGCACAAGCGGCAGCGCAAGGCGAUCUCGCCUGCGUUCAGCAACGUCGCCAUCAAGCGCAUGACCGCCAUCUUCUACGACUCGGUGUACAAGCUCAAGACCGCCUGGGACAACCAGCUCGCCGGGGCGGACGCGGCCGUGAUCGACGUCGAGGCCUGGAUGAACCACGUCUCGCUGGACUCGAUCGGGAUCGCCGGGUUCUCGCACGACUUCCGCUCGCUCGACGGGCAGCGGUCGGACAUCGCGGAGGUGUUCGACGCGAUGGGCCGCGUGAAGCCGUCGGUGCUCUCCGCGCUCGUGAUCUUCUUCGGGAACGUGUUCCCGGUGCUGUGGAAGCUGCCGACGGAGAUGCGGCGCCUGCAGCGGAAGAUGAACCGGAGCAUGGAGCAGAUCGCGGUCGUCCUGCUCGAGAACACGCGCAGGGAGCUCCGCGGGCUCGGGGAGACGGGCAAGGAGGAGAAGAGCAUCAUCGGGCUGCUCAUCAAGGCGGAGGACCAGGAGGCUAGCCUGCCCAUGUCGCAGGAAGAGAUCAUGGCGCAGGCACUGCUCAUCCUAGCCGGCUACGAAACCACCUCCAUCAGCCUCACGUGGGCGUUGAUCGAGCUCUGCCGCAAGCCGGAGAUGCAGGCGCGCCUGCGGGACGAGCUCCGCGCGCAGUUCCCGAACUCGGACCCGAGCUGGGACCAGCUCAUGAACGGCGCGGGGCUGCACUACCUCGACGCCGUCGUGCACGAGAUCCUGCGGCUGCACGCGCCGCUCGCCGUCACGAACCGGGUGGCAGCGAAGGACGACGUGAUCCCGCUCUCGCAGCCGAUCCGGACGAAGCACGGCGAGCUCGUCGACGCGAUCGCGAUCUGCGCCGGGCAGGAGGUCGGGAUCCCGAUCGGGUACAUGAACACCGCGCUCGCGCUCUGGGGCCCGGACGCGCGCGAGUUCAAGCCCGAGCGCUGGCUCCUCCCCGGCGACGGCGCGAAGGGCGGGGAAAAGGAGCAGGAGCACGCGGGGCUGCCGCGGCGCGCGCAGGAGAUCCAGGGCCACCGGCACCUGCUCACGUUCGUCGACGGGCAGCGGAUGUGCCUCGGGCGCGGGUUCGCGCUCGCCGAGUUCAAGGCGGUGUUGGGCGUGCUCAUCAAGAACUACACGUUCGAGCUCCGGGACGGGCCGGAGACGGAGAUCGCGCACUGUCGCGGGGUGCUGCCCCGGCCGCAGGUGAAGGGCGAGGUGGGCGCGUGCGUGCCGAUGCGCGUGCGGCGCGUGGACGCGUGA